UUUGAUUUCGUGCCUCUGCCUGGCCUGGCCCGGCCCGGCCCGCUUUAUAGUUAGUUAAACACUCGAGAACCACAGCCAGCGCCAGUGAGGCAACUGAACCCUACUGGACUCUCAGUCCGUUCGCAUCCAAAAACGCACAUGGCCACGGUCGUCUUCACUUUCCCUCCCUCCAAUCCAUCAGGAUUUUAAUGGGAUAUUCUCUUCUUUACAGCAAGAUUUCGACUGUGCCCGUCAAUGCCGUAAAAAUCUGCGAAACGCAAUUUUCCUUUUCGUUAAACCCACCCUGCGCAUUUAUAAUCAAUCAAUCGCUUCCCCUUUUCAUACACUCAUUUGAUAUCAGAAUCUCGAUCUAUAAAAACAGGUUUUUCAUCGACAUUGGAGGAGAUGAAAGGGAAGUGUUAAUCGCAGGCAAGGCGAUUUCCAGAUCUCUCUGCAUUUAAAAUUCUUCUGCGUUUCUUCUCCCCAUCUCUUCCCUCUCCCAAAUCUUGAAUCCCGGAAUGGGUGAGCCAAAAAGGUACAUUACAUCAGACGAGUUGAAAACCCACAACAAAAGGGGGGAUCUUUGGAUCUGUAUUCAGGGCAAAGUGUACGACGUUUCCGAUUGGGCGAACCACCACCCCGGCGGCGAGUUGCCGCUCCUCAACCUCGCGGGGCAAGACGCAACCGAUGCAUUCGUUGCCUAUCACCCAGGGGCUGCCUGGCAGUUUCUCGACAGACACUUCAACGGCCAUUACUUGAAAGACUACUCCGUCUCCGAAGCAUCCAAGGAUUACAGGAAGCUCGUGUACGAGUUCUCCAAGAUGGGCCUUUUCGAGAAGAAAGGUCACGGCGUUCUGAUUUCCAUGUGUUUUAUAGCAUUUCUCUUUGCCAUCAGCGUCUAUGGCGUUCUAUUCUGCGAGGGCAUUUUGGUCCACUUGCUCUGCGGCGGUCUGAUGGGAUUCCUCUGGAUUCAGAGUGGUUGGAUUGGGCACGACUCCGGUCAUUACCAGGUCAUGCUCACUCCUAAACUCAACAGAUUUGCGCAGCUCCUGACCGGAAAUUGCCUCGCCGGGAUCAGCAUUGGUUGGUGGAAAUGGAAUCAUAAUGCUCACCACAUUGCCUGCAACAGCCUUGACUACGACCCAGAUCUCCAGCACAUGCCCCUCUUUGCUGUAUCUUCCAAGUUGUUCAAUUCAAUCACUUCUUGCUUUUACGAGCGGAAGAUGAAUUUCGAUUGCUUUGCCAGGUUCUUUGUUAGCCACCAGCACUGGACAUUCUACCCGGUGAUGUGCUUUGCUAGGCUUAACCUGUUUGCCCAAUCAUUCUGUCUGCUCCUGUCGAAGAGGAAGGUGCCCAAUAGGGGCCAAGAGCUUCUUGGAUUGCUGGUGUUCUGGAUUUGGUAUCCAUCUCUGGUUUCUUGCUUGCCCAAUUGGACUGAAAGGGUUAUGUUUGUUCUUGCCAGCUUCGUCGUGACAAGCAUCCAGCACAUCCAGUUCUGCCUGAACCACUUCUCGUCGAGUGUUUAUGUCGGGCCACCGAGAGGGAAUGACUGGUUUGAGAAGCAGACGGACGGGACUCUCGACAUCAUGUGCUCAUCGUGGAUGGAUUGGUUUCACGGCGGAUUGCAGUUCCAGAUUGAGCACCAUUUGUUCCCCCGAUUGCCUCGGUCCCAGCUGCGGAAGAUCUCCCCGUUUGUGAAGGAGCUUUGCAAGAAACACGGGUUGCCUUACAACUGCGCAUCGUUCUGGGAGGCGAAUAAGAUGACGGUUGCAACGCUGAAGAACGCCGCCCUGCAGGCGAGAGAUCUUUCGAGCCCGGUUCCGAGGAACUUGGUUUGGGAAGCUGUCAACACUCAUGGUUGAGGCUGUAUUGUAUUGCUGCUAAUUGCUUUGUGGAGUGAAUGAAUGAAAGACUUGUAUGGCAGAGAGAGACAAGAAGCAUUGCUUCCUACAUUUGUUUCUUGGGAUGUAUCAUCAUCAUCAUCUUCAUUAGUAUCAUCCCUGUUUAUUUUUGCUUACAUAAGAUUGAUUACUUGAACCCUA